AUGAAUUUCGACGUGCAGGCUCUGCGCUCACAGGAUGAUUCGCGCAUCAAUAAUUUGGACAGCUCGCGGCUCACGGCAUGGGAAAAGGUCCGUAAAUACAGCCGGCGUCUGGUCUAUUUCCGACAAAUGGAUUUUCAACUGGCUUCCUGGCAAAUGCUCUGUCUUCUUGCUCAACCGCAAGCCGUCUACAAGAAUUUCCUGUACCGUAAACGCUCCAAGGAUCAAUAUGCGCGCGAUGACCCGGCAUUUCUCGUGUUGCUCGCUGCAUCACUGAUAGGCACUUCUAUCCUCUAUGCGUUCUGUCUGGGCCUGUCGCUUUGGGGCUUCAUCAAAUUCGUGCUCUGGGUUAUCUUCGUCGACUGUAUUUCCUUUGGAGCCGUCGUUGCAACGAUCCUUUGGUUUAUCUCUAACAAGUGGAUGCGCAAGUCGGGCAGCCAAGAAGAUGUUGAAUGGGGCUAUGCGUUUGAUGUUCAUCUGAACGCUUUCUUCCCUUUCUUGAUUUUCGUCCACGGAUUGCUGCCGAUCAUUUUCCCGAUGCUGAUUGACUAUCCGACAUUCAUGUCUCGCGCGCUCGGAAAUGGUAUCUGGAUCUUGGCAGCUGUCUACUAUGUUUAUAUCACUUUCCUUGGAUAUACAGCAAUCCCAUAUCUUCGCAAUACUCACUACUUCCUCUACCCAAUGAGCUUCCUUUUGAUGGCCUAUGUCGGCUCAGUGACGGCUGGGUGGAACAUCUCACAAACCGCCAUGGCUCUUUACCACGCCCGCGCUGAGCACCACAACCUGCAACAUACGGCAAAACUAUACGACCAACUGAAGGCG